UAUGGCAGUAAACGGCCUAAACGAGCCAGACUAGUUUGUGAAGCGAUUUCGAUCGUAUUUCCAUCGUUGUCGUUUUCUCUAUAAUUGCGUUAUUUUUUCGCAAUUCGUGAGAUUGUGUACACUAAUGUAAAGUGUACAGAAUGACAAUUCAAUAGGCAGUUUAUUGUAAAUUAGUGAAAUCGUGUGAAUGCAAGCAAACCAUAACAGAAAUUUUUGUGCGAGAAAUACUUGUAGAAGAAAAUUGUUCGGUGUUUCCCACACAGGUACCCUACAGCAGCAGCCACAGUCGCGGCCGCCGUUUUCGCCCUUGGAUCGUCUCGCGCAGCACUAUACAACUGCUAAAAAGUGCCAUCUCUCUUAGUUGUAUGCAUUUUGUGCUAUGAUUGUAUGAACUAUUCGUAUUUUCGGUAUUACAGACAUUGUAGUGUACUCGUUCGGACGCGCAGUCAUAGCACCGUAUUUUUGUAAUUUUCUCUGUCUGCAUUCUGUGCACGUAUAAGAGUCUAUAGUAUAUGCUUCGUGCAUGCGAAAAUGUAAGAAAUAGACAUCGUACAAGCAUCUAGAGCGAAUCGCUCAUCUGUUUAUUUGUUUUCAUUUUCAUAAACAGCGGGGUGAAUAGAACAGUGCUACGGCUAUAAACCCGUCAUUCGUUGGUGCAAGCGAGUUGGACUGUGUGAAAAAAUUUAAUUUGAAGUACAUUGUGGCCGAUGGAACAUUAUAUUUAAAAACAAAGCCAGAGGUGUUACUCUCAAAUACUGAUAUUAAGUAUAAUGUAAUGAUUAAAAACUUAAAACAAGUUGAGUUUUCAGCAUGAACUGCAUUAUUGGAAUAAUUUAGCAAUGUAGAGAAGAUUUCAUUAACAAAUUGAUGAGCAAAACAAACCAAAAAACGCAAAAGAAAACGGUUAACAAAUGCAAAAAGAGAGAAGUAGUUAUAGUACACAAAAGGAAUUGAAUAAAAUCAAGCAAUUUGUCAAAAAGUGAUAAAAGAACAUCGUGGAAAACGUUUUGUACAACAAACAUUAAGGAAGUUUGUGUAAGAAAUCUACGUAAGAAGGCUUAUACGUAAAAACAGCAGUGGAGCGCUAAUUUACUCCCGGUUAAAUAAAACUCUCCAACAAGGUUACAUUAAAAGACAACUAAAAGGAAACGGCAUACCUCUAAUAAUAUUAAAAAAGUAAUAUAAAUCCAAUAUAAUAAAAAGGAUAGAUAUGUAUGUUAGAAAGACUAAAAUAAAAGGUUAGUAAAGCAAAAGAGGCGGAAAGUGAACCAAGUGCUGCCUAGAGGCGAUGUGACAUACUUGUGCUACCCACCCACCAUAAUGUUAGCAUAAGUGAAUAUAACUAAUACUUCUAAAAACACUCUAGAGAAGGCAAUUAAAUAAAGUUAUAACCCAUCAUUCUGUUCAGUAUGCCAUCACUAGUAGUAGGAGCAGCAAAGUCAAGAACAAGUUUAAACAGGAGAAUAACAUCGAAUGCUAGUAUUUUUUCUAAAACAAAACCAUCUAAACUAUAACUCAAUACUGUAAAGUAAUAUACGCUGUGUGAAACUUUGCUGCAUACCCCGCAUCAUUAAGGUAUAUAUUUUCUGUAGAGUUGUGAACAAUAGUACCACAAAAAAAAAAUAAGCAAAAAAAAUAUAAACGGUGUGAAACACUACGGCAUUCCAACUCACUGAAGUUUACCUUUAGCAAGACUACCAAAUAAACAUCUGAAGGACUCAAAUCGUUCGUCUACUUGAGUAUCUUAAGUAGCGAAAGUACGCGAUUUAUUUGGUUCUUUUAACAUACUCAUUGAUGGAUUUGUGCUUUAAAUUCCAAACAAUUCUAAACGACUUUAUCUGAUGUACAUUCUAAAACGGGAAUUUAAUUAAAUUUGAAUGUCGGUGAUUAAGUUUUACCGUAGUAGGAAGGAUUCUCUGGCACCAUGCAAAGCUUGGACUCAUCAUGUCAAGAAGCUGAUUUCAUAAUAAAUGACACGCUUAAAAAGCUAAAAGGUUCCAGCACUAGCAUAAACAGCAACAGCAAUUCAAAUUCUACGACCUUAACGGCGUUGAAUUCUAGCGGUAGCAGCAGCAGUAUUCUGAGGCAGCAACACCCGCACCAACAACUUAUUUAUCAACAACACCAGCCUAUUCCACAACAAUCGAAGCCGCCGCAUUAUACGCAUUAUCAGCACUUACAGACUGCACUGCAGUGCCCUGCUACGCCACAGCAACCACAGCCGCUCACUUCCCCUCCACCGCCACCAACACCUCUAAGCAGCGUAACGUUUUCCACCAAAAGUUCGCUGCUUGACUCAAGCCUGCUGCAUUGUAAUAUCUCACAGAUUCCUAGCCAACCGCCGUAUUGCAUUUUUGACGAUGGCACUGAAUCGCCCAGUGAAGUUCCGCCAGUGGAAAUACUCGCAACAAGUAGUAGCAGUAGUGUUGGUGGCGGUGGUGGCGGCAACAUCGGUAGUACCAGUGGUUUGGACGGAAUCGUGCUACUCGCUGAAACUUCAACAACAACGCCAGCACACGGAGCGGCGUCUUCUGCAGUACCAUCGCCCUCAUCAUGCUCUUCAUCAACAAAUCUUUCCAAUUUCAAUUCGAUCACUUCACCCUCGCCGGUAGUGCCAGAUUUGUUGUUAUCAACACCACCAGGUGUAAACUCUUCAUCACUUGCCGAAUCAUCUGCUAACACAUUAGCAACUAACACCGGUUAUGGUAGCAUGGGAACUAGUGCAUUUUUAACAUCUUUAACGCAAUCAUCACAUUUCUCCACAACAACAUCAACGCAUCAAAGCAACAAUAACAAUAUUACAAUAACCAGUAAUAACAAAAAGGCUGAUAAACGUCCUUCCGCGUCCUUAAGUACACAACAACAGCAGCAUAGCAAUCAUUCGCAUCAUCACCAGCACCAUUACCAACAAUCAUCAACGCACCAUCAUCCACCGCAGCACUUGUUAAGUGCAUCGUCGCCUUUGGCUGGUGCGGUCUCCUCUGUAUCACCCACCUCUUCGCCUAGCAAACGGCAAAAAUUGUUAAAGGAUGCAACAAGCCGCUCAUCACCAUCAACAUCAACUACUCGCGCUUCUGGCAACAAACGGGACAGUAACGCGGCAACACCCUCCAGUAGCGCAACAUCAACAUCUAGUACAGGGGCUACAUCAUCGACGUUAGCGUCAUCUAAGUUCUUUAACAUACAUGAUAAAAUACGUGAACAUUAUCUACAAUUGUUGGCUAACGAUUUAAACUCAUUCACGGAAACUGGGCUCAAACAGCGUUCACGUGCUUUUGUUCUGGAGCGCUUGAUAGAAAGUGAAAAAGUCAACACAAUUGUUAUAAACCUAUAUCCGGGCAAUAAAGGAUACUCAUUAGCGUUACACUAUGAUGAUCGACAAUUGCUUACGCCUAAUGGUGAGUUAGUGCAUGCAGGUGAUGGGUCCGGCAUUGACCCAGGCGUUGGCGGGGCUGAGAGCGGACAAGCAGGGACGAGUAGCAGCGCUUCAGCUACCACCUAUAGAGGUGCUUCUAGUCGGAACACAGGUAGUAGUAGCAGUAAACUAAGUUUGGCUGCCAUACCACCAGAUUUAAAAGGUGGCAAUGACUAUGAAAACAUUGUUGAAUUGAAGCUAAAAGGUACAGGAAGGCUUGAUGAAAAUAGCCAUCAACAUGAGUACUCAUUGGUCGAAGUGUUGCGUUGGCCCUACGAAAACGAUCAGUUGCUGCAGUGCAUUGAUCGCGAGGUAAUACCGGACUUUCUAGUGGACAUGUUGAAUGCGCCCAGCCUCACACUAAAGUCUUCUCAUGAUGAUAGCGAACCCGCACGUACCUACGCCAAGCCGAAUGUCUUUUACGCUGGCUGUGUAAUUGCGCAAAUACGCGAUUUUCGACAAACAUUUGCUAUUUCGACGAAUAUCUGUGAUACGAAACACGUCCUUCUGCGGCCCACAAAUGCCACCAUUUUUGCUGAUGUUCAACAUUUGGCAAGCACAACAAACCUAAGCAUUAGCCCAAUUACAUCGGGACCAACUGCUGCGGCGAUUUCUGGCGCAGAGGAUAAACUACAACUGGAAAGUCAGUUAGUGUUAGCCACUGCUGAACCAUUGUGCUUGGAUCCCGAUCCUAAUAUAGGUCGUUUCGCCAUCAAUGCACAGAAUGCGCGACAGCUGUUCAACACACACGAGCUACGGCGUCAAAUGAAGAAGUACACACAAAUUUCGAUAAAUCGCAAACGAAAAUUGGAUCAGUUUACUCAUCAUUAUGGACUGGAAUUAUGUGACUAUUUGACGCGGCUGCGCGCCCGACCACGUACCAGCAGCAGUGCGAACGCCAAUGUUACAGCGACUACAGCGCCUAGCAGCAAUCCUUUGGUAAGUGCAAUGCUCACCUCAUUCUCGUCGAAAGUGCCACGUCGACCCCGCGACGUCAUACGACCUAUACGCCCGCCACGUCUGGAAUAUCCAGCAAAUCUAAAGGUGCCCGAGCAGCUAAUAAGCGUGGAAAAGUAUACCAAAACAUACGAACGGCCACGUGAAACAACUGACUGCCAGCCACAGCUGAUCGAAGAGUAUGUACUAGAAACCGAACGCGAAGAAAAUGCUGGACGUCGUGUUAUCUAUCACAUAAAGCUUUCGAUUUUCCAACGACCGUCUAAUUCCGAGUACCUGGGUGAGCUGUAUGUCGAUCGCGAUUACCGUGAGGGUGAACGGAACGGUGAGUCGUGCCGCUUCUCAUUGGGCACACGCAUACACGCGAAUCGCUACAUACAACAAUUUACUGAAAUUUUUACGGAAGAGGGUCGCAAGGCCGUUAAAAUCACGCAUUUGGUGCCAGGUCAUUUGCCUAAGGUAACACACACGGGUAUAACACCGGAACAGCGGCAGGCUUUGCUACUACAGCAACGGCAAGCUGCUUUGUUGGCACAGCAACAGCAGCAACAUGUCCAACAUGUUGCUACCGCAACGGCCAAUGCUCAACAUGCCGCUGUUACAGCGUCGUCUAGUGGUGCCCAGCAGUCGCAACAGCAACACGUUGUGCUUGUUGGGCCCAAUGGACAGCAGCAGCAUAUAUUGCCCGCUAAUGUGCAGCACUUAGGGACUGUUGGCCAUCAACAGCAAGUCUCGCAAACUGUUUGCGCCGUUGGUGGUGGCGUACAGCAGCAGCAUCAGCAACAACAACAUAUUGCCAUAACACCAACUGGCGGGAAUUUGACUAAAAAUAUCAACAUUGUCGGUUUGACUGCCAGCAACGCUGUAGCUGUACAACAAGUAUUGCGCCAACAACAACUACAACAGCAGCAACAACAACAACAAAUUACAACACAAUUUAUAGAGGCGAAUGGCGCAACAAUGCACGUACAGACCAGCAGUGGCAGCGUCAGUGGCGGCACAGGCAUCAUUCAUGCGCAGCCACAGCAACAGCCCACACAACACAUACAACUACAUUCGGUUGCUGGUGGCAAUGCUCACACCACAACUCAACUGAGCCUUAGCAACGGAUCGCUGGUGCUGGUGCAACAACACCCCCUUGCGCAUUCGCAACAACAACAGCAGCAGCAGGCGCAAACACUGCAACACACCGGCAUUACCAUACAACCUGCGAACCUACAGCAACAACAACAACAGCAAAAGACUCAGGUUAUUACGGCUGCUCAACUAAAUGCCGUAACGGGCGCAAAUUCAGCGUUGCGCACACAACUCAGUUCCAGCGUGCCAAUAUUACAAGCGCAGCUUAAGGCCGCGCCUUUACUCACUGCACAACAGCAGCAACAGCUUUUGCAUAAAACUACACAACAGCAACAGAGUACUGCCAGUAGCAACAACAAUAGCAAUUCAACGACAUUACACACCAAUCCUGCGAUAAAUGCAAUCUUCACCAACAUUAUGAACAGCGCAAAUCAAUUCCAACAGCAAAAGCAACAGCAGCAACAACAACAACAGCAGCUGCAACAAAACUCCAACAACAGUAGCAGCGGUAGCAAUGUGAGCGGGGGAAGUAGUAGCGUUAAAAGUAGUAGUAACGCCUCCAUACGUAGCUUAUUAAAUAGUGCACCUGCGGCGAUGACAAGUACACCUGUGGCUAGUGGCACAUUCACCACUUCCACCGGUCAGCAUCAGACUGUCACACUGGUUCAACAUACUCCCUCAACGCCUCAACAGCAACAACUGCAGCAAACAAUUGGAAGCGGUGACAACUUUGUACAGGUGACAUCACAGUCGUCUACCGUAGCAGCGGGAACAACUACAGUGCAACAACGAAAGCAGACUAACAAUGAAGUGCUGCAGAAUCUCUUGAAUCCUAAUCGAAAGUUCAAUAUUGUCACUAGCGGUGGCAAUAUUGUAACUGCCAGUGCUGGCGGGACCACCUUCCGCACUGCGGCCGGUAAUUUGGUUGCUGUUAAUUUGAAUCAAGCAACGCAGCAUCAAAAUCAACAGGACGGCCAACAGCCGCAGCAGCAAACGACCGGCACACAAGCGCAACAGACGCACCAAACGGUGCGUGUGUCGAUGUCUGCGCUCGCCUCGCAAUUGGCUUCACCGCCAGCCAUUAUGACGAAUCCGAAUGCUGCAAACUUUGGUUAUACUGUAAGCGCGUUAGGUGGUGGGGGCACUGUGAAUACGGUAAGCGCUGUAGGCGGUGCAUCCGGCGGUAGUAUAAAAAUACUCAACAGUGGCGUACAGCAACAACGUGUGACGUUGGCAAAUGCAUUACGUCGCGACUCUAGCAAUACAGGGGCGCCGCCAAAUGCUAUAGUUGUCGGCAUGGCAGCACCAUCGCCGGGCAGUGACUCAAAUGCAUCGAAUGCUAGUGGUUUUGCUGUACCUCAGCCAACCAGUGCCACCAACUCGGUAGGCACCGCAACAAGUUUGACGCUGCUCGGUACGGCAACACCAUCACCUUCCGGUUCAGAUCAUUCACAGUCGUCACAAACCCAAAAUCAAGCACUGCUUGAACGCCUGCACAAUAACAGCGCAGCUGUUGCGACGGCGAUACCGAAUAUGUCACCACAACAACAACAAGGCCACCCGCAUACUCAAUACCUAGCGAAAACGCUGGUACAAUCGCCAGCUGGCGCCGCAUCCAUACACUCACCUAUGUCUAGUCCACAUCCACAGCCAUCGCCCUCACCACAGCAUCAUCAUCAUCAACAACAGCAAACAACUGCCUCCAAUACCACAACUACGCUGAAUUUGCAGGGUAUAAAUCUGUUGCAGGGCGCCAUUGCUAACUUUCCCGGAUUACAAAAUGUGCAAGUGCAGAUACCGGGCUUAGCGCAACCGCUUUCGUUACAAUUGCAAGCCGCUGUUCAACAGCAGCAUGGCCAACAACAACAGCAACAGCAGCAGACACAAUCUAGUGGUGCUGUUUCGUGUGUAGUUAGUGGCGGUGGAGGGACUGCAGCGGGUAACAACGUUACUGGUGGGGCUAAUAACAGUGGCCAACAACCGCAUCUGCAGCAACGCAGUUUACUGGUAUCAGUUCCUGUCUCAACACACAACCAACAGUCGGCACAGCAACAGCAUACGAUAACGCUGCAAGCGACAACGGGGACACAGCAAACACAAAAUCAUGUACAACAUGUGGUACCGCCGACAGGUACGAUUGUCAAUCUCCCCACUGGGGGUAAUGCGACUGCCGGUGGCACACAAACUGUGGUGCUAACAAAUGCCGUGACGGGAGGCGGAGGUGGCGGUGGAGCUGGUGUCAGCAAUGUAGGGAAUGCAGCAGGAAACGGCGGUGCUACCACAACGAUGCUAACGUUGCCAAUUGCUCAAUUUGUUGGUCCCGGUGUACAAAAACUAAAUCCUCAAACAAUCCGUACCUCAAGUGGUGGUGGUGGUGUAUCAGGUGGCAGCAUUGUUCUGCAGCAACAGUCGCCGCAACAGCAACAGCAGCAGCAGGUGACACAACAGCAGCAACAACAGGGUCAUCAAUCGCAACAACAACAAACUACAACGACAAUAAAUGUGAGUGGUGUUACAGCGGGAAGUGGUAACGGUAGUGGAAUUGGUGGAAGCGGCGGUGGUGGCAUAGUCAAUAGUGGCCAACAGACAGCAAUUCAAUUAGUGGGCACCAUACAGCAACGGCCGCGCAACAUACAAGUCGUGGGUACGAAACAGCUGAGUGGCGCACAAAGACAAUUGAUUGCGACGCAACGCAAUAUUGGUGGUUCCACGUUAAAAAUCGCCUCAACGCCAAUUAAUGUAUCGAAUGCAAAUACCAUUACAACAACCGCUAAUUUAACUGCCACACCUAUUGUGAUGUCGACGCAAAAAUUGCAAUUGAAGACGAUAAAAACGCCACAACAACAACAACAACAACACGCACGUAUACUAAAUCAAGUGACUGCAACGGCUGCCUCGCAAACGCAAACAACACAUCACGGGCAGCAGCAACAGCAGCAGCAACAACAACAGCAAACGGUUAUAAUAGGACAGCAUGUAGCUUCAGCGCAAGCACCACAACAGGCGCAACAACAGCACAUACAGGUUGCAGGGCGCACUGUAACGACAACGGGUAACACCAAUCUAAACCAACAACUCAUUUCGGCAAUAGCCAAGGUAGCCAAACAACAACAACAACAUCAGCAGCAACAACAACAGCAAGCGGCAAAUCGGCGUAGAUCGGCAACUGAUGUAAAUAAGUGAAUGAAAUCAGCGAAAAUACUGUAGCCAAGUAGUAGCAGCGGUUGGCUGUAGUGAGUGAAAAGAGUACAGUGAAAAAUUAUAUAAGCAAGCAGAAUAAGAGAAAAGCAGAUAUUAAAAUAAUAGGAAGAAAAAACAAAACAAAAGAAAAAAAUUUUAAAAACCAUUAUAUUGCAAGUGCAAGCAAAAUACGAUGAUUUAGGCUAAGGUAUUAUAUUAUACUUUAACCUAAAUAAUGUGCGUGUAAUCACCCUAGUACCCUCGUUCCCACACACAUACACUACCCCCUACAUGCAUGUAAGCCCAAUAUAGUUAUCGGCCAUUCCCUUUAUUGCGCUUCCGCUCUCUCCCAGAAAACAUUGUUAACGGCAAUCAAACAAAUAACUUUUCAAUUGACUUUUUUUAUUAAAUUCUAGGGUUGAGGGUUAAAGUUGCUUAUUGUAAUGCCGAUGAAUACAUUGGAUUGUAAAUAAAUAUCCACUAAUCGGUAAAGUAUUUGGAAAUAAUUUUCGAAAAACCAAAAAUUAUGAACAAUUAAAUACAUAGAAAAGUUUGAUGAACUCUAAUCAAUAAGAUCAUCUAUUGGGGUGGACGAUUUUGACAUAAGUUUAGUGAUAUCUAAAAUUCGAAGCAUUAAAUUUGAAGCAUGUUUAACUAAAUUUUAUUUAAAAAAGCAAAAAUCAUUAACGAAUUCAUUUGAAACACUCUACCCUAGACAUUACAACAUACAAACAUGCAUAUGUAUGUGUAUAUGUUUGUUAUUUAAGUGGCUAAAGUCGUUGUUAGUAGUUAUGUAUUAAGCACCACAAAACCCUAAAAGCAAAAAGAAAUUAAAACUAUAACUAAAAAUAAUAGUCGCGCUUUUCUCUGAAAAUUCGGCGUCACUCAACUCCCAACGCGCCUUAAACAGCCAACUUUGGAUUCCACGAUUUCGUUGUAUGUACAUACUUGUAUUCAUAUGUACGAAUAACUCAAAUCGAAAGUAAGAUUAAGCUAAACUAAAAUGAAAAGCAUAAAAUAACAAGUAACAAAUUCCGCAAUCAGUGUAGUGCUGUGUUUUUUCGUAGUUGGCGAAUUUAGUAACUCCCCAUAAAUGUUAGUUUGCAUUUGGUGGUGGGAGUCUAAGAUUGUUUUUGUUUUAUUAUUCUUUUUUACUUACGAAUCGCGCACAUUUUCGUGCAAGUUCUACAUACAUACUACAUACAUACAUGCAUAUACAAUAUGUUUAUCCUUGCUGCUCUAAUUUGCCUGCGUUUGCAAACGGAGCUUAUGAAAGCGCGCAAGAUCGUAGGGUGUGUGCCCUUGUGAUUUUUUGCAAAAACAGAAACAAAAAACAAACUAAGAGCAUUGUUUGUGCGGAAAUGCGCCAAUUAUCCAAAGCGCGCAGCUUACUCAUAUUACACCCCGCUUAGAAAGAAAAAGUGAAUCGAUCUAUACUAAUUUACGUAUGUACAUACAUUCAAACAUACACCGCACUCAUUCGAGUAAGAAUAUAUUGAAUUAUAUUAUAUAUAAAAUGUUAUACUUUGACUAUUGCAACCAAUUUUUAGCAGAGUUAUUAUUUAUAUAGUUUUUCUUGAAUUUCGCAUUUGUUUACUAUGCGAAACGUGUCACACAUAUGCAUACAUAUAUACAGACACAUAGAUAUUGUACGCUUGUAAAAAAACAAUUCAUACGUUAUGUUAAUUAAAUAAUAAAUUAUCUUUAAUUAUUUAAUAUUUGGCAAUUAAUAUACGAUUAAGCAUAAAUAAUACAUUUAAUAAAAAAUACAAAUACAAAUAUCAAGCUAAACGAAAAAAAUACAAAUGCAGCAAUAAAUUAUAAACAAAACCUUAAAAUUAAUAAAUAAAUAUAAUUUAGAGAAUACAAACAAA